GCCAGAAGAGAAGUGCGCAUGUGCAGCACUGUGUAGCCUUGUUGAGGGGAUACUGGCAGGUCUUGGGGAGCAGAGACUGGGGCAGACAGUCGCAGGAGGGACAGGGACCUCCAGUCAGAACCUCAGAGGAGCGCUGCAGCUCAUCAUGGACAACAAGAAGCGUCAUCUAACGAAGAGGAUCCUAAACCUUACCCUGGAGAUCAUCUACCUGCUGACCGGAGAGGAUUAUGUUCCACUGAGGAAGUCUGGUGACCAGGUGACACCCAACAGCCACCCCUUUGUGUCUGGAAGAUGGAGUCGGAGCCGGAGCCUCAACUUGGAGCCUCCACCUCUCUCCCUGGCACCUGGGAAGAUCAACGACAAAAAGAUCCUUCAACUGACCAGCAAGAUCAUCGAGCUGCUGACAGGAGAGGAAUUUGACUAUUUGGAAGAAGACACACAUUUCUACAAAGACGUCAAGGUGGAGAAAUCUCAAAGGCUUCAAGUGAGCGAUGGAUCCAGUGAUGAGAACUCACCAGAGAGAUGUCCCCGUCCUCUGUAUUCCCGGGACUCCACACUGGAACAUCAGGAGAUCCCUCAGGAGGAUCACACGAUCCCAGAAAAAUCUACUCCGAUUCCUAGAGAUGUUUUAGUUGAUCAGACGGCUGAAGACAUGCAAGAAGUCAAGACUUUUAUCGUAACCCAGAUUGACAGUGCUGAGGAGCCGAAUGUGAUGGGGGAUGAUCGGUGUAAAGAGGAGGAAAUCCCUCCAGAGAUCAGCACAGGUGAGUACGGAAACUUCCCAGAUGGUGAGCCUGUCUCCCCUCACGGCUUUGAAACAGAUGAACACUUUGCUGAAGACACCAGAGGAUCGAACGUUGGGCCCAUCCAAUGUAAAUCCGACUCGUUUUCGGUCCCCGGACACACCGGUUACUUCACCAGCCCUCCCGACACUAUGUUGCCAAGCAUCGGCCGGGGCGGGGACCAGAUCUACAUCUGCACGGACUGCGGCGAUUCUUUCCUGUGCAAGUCCCACCUCGUCUCGCACCAGAAGUUCCACCUGGGCAAGAAGCAGUACGUCUGCCCCGAGUGCGGCAAAUGCUUUGCGUACAACUCGCACCUGGUCCGGCACCGGAUCACGCACACGGGGGAAAAGCCAUACUCCUGCGAGGACUGCGGCAAGUGCUUCACGCAGAAGUCGUACCUCACCUUGCACGAGCGCUGCCACACGGGCGAGAAGCCCUUUUCCUGCUCCGAGUGUGGGAAGUGCUUUGCGCGCAACGCCAGCCUCUGCAUGCACCAGCGCAUUCACACCGGUGUAAAACCGUUCUCCUGCUCGGACUGCGGCAAAAGCUUUUCCCAGAGGUCUUAUCUGCUGCUACACCAGACGUGCCAUCGGGGGAACAAACCGUAUUCGUGCCCCCAGUGCGGCAAGUGCUUCACCACUAACUCUUAUUUGGCCAAACACCAGAGGACUCACAUGGGGGACCAGCCUUGCCUGUAGCACCACGGUGGACUGAUGGGAAACAAUCAGUUUGAUUUUGGUUGGACAUUACGGAUGUUGACUCCCCAUUCCAACUCCUAUUUCUUCUUGGGGGACUCCAACAGUGAAAUCUUGACCAAGUCCCCACCCCUGAGGGAUAACAUUUAACCAAUACAAAGUGAGAAGAGUCCUAUAAGCUGCACAUCACUACAAAACCUUGUGUGUGGAAAGUGAAAACAGCCCCAGCCCGGGCUCCAUGCAGGCCACCCCAACGUAUUUCACCCCACCCAUAUGACUUAAUAAUCCCCCAUGACGAAACGCGUUUGGGCGUGUCUUGCAUAAAGCCCAGUUUGAGGCGGUUUUUACUUUUACACACUUUCUGAUUCUGAUAAGCCCCCUGCCCGCAGACCCCAACAACCACAGUCCAGGGUUGUUGGCAGGGGACCCUUGUCCCCUUCAAUGUGGGGACAAGGUACCCACCUCUCCCAUAUUGAGGGCAUGUGGCCUGGUAUGGUUUGGGGAGCGCUCGCUCAUCCCCUCCCCUUUCCUGACCUGCCAGACCGUAUGCUCAGAUAAGGGUCUGGUAUAGACUUUCGAGGGGACCCUAUGCCGUUUCCUUUUUUAAUUUGAAGGGCCUAGUAUGGACUCUGGGGGAGGGGGAAUCUUUUCUAGUGAUGUGUGGUUUAUAGAUCUCUUCUCUCUUUGUACUGGUAUCCAUGGAGCUGGCACAAGCUCCGUCCUUGCCUGCACUCCCAGCUGUUGAUAUUAAAACAAGACCUGUAGAAGCUUCGAGCAGCAAACUUAAGAUCUUGGCACCACCAAGUCUUCUAUGGACCAUGGUCAAAAUUAUUUACAUUAGUUCCUUCCCCUGAGGAGCUUACAAUAUCAUAUUUCUACUUUGUGUACGCUAGCUGUAAGAUGUUGGCACCAAUGUUCCAUGGUUUGCUUACCUAAAAUUGCUGGUAUGUUCCUUGGUCCCAACCAACCGGUCACUACCCCUGAGAGGAGUGCAUUAUACUGUCCUCACGUCAGGUACUCUAAUAGUGAGAUCUUGCCUUUUGAGUACCAUGGUUUCCUCAUCUACCGUGGCUCUUAUGUCCCAUUGUCGUAACCAUUCCCAUCUGUCCCUGCCCUCGAAAAGCAUACACUGUACUAGUCUCACCUCAGGUACUCCAACAGCAAGCUCCUUCCAUUAGAGUUCCAAGGUUUUCUUACCUACUACAGCAGUUAUGUCCCAUAACAAUUCAGGUAAGUCCUUGCCCCCGAGAAGCUUGCAAUGCAAUGCUCCCCCUUGGGGUACUCCAGAUGUAAGAUAUUGGCACUAGAGUUCCUAGGUCUGCUGACCUGCAACUGUUAGGUGAGAAGACCUGCUGGUAGGUAUGCAUGGUGCCCAUAUGAUUGUUAUUAUUCACAUAAGCCCCCGCCUGUGAGGAGCUUAUUGUCCCCACUUCAGGUAGACCAGCUGUAAGAUAUUGUCAGUAGACUUCUCAGGUCAGCUUGCCAACUAUGACUAGCUGAGCAGACUUGGUCAGUCCCUGCCUCCUAGGAGCUUACACUUACCAUUUCACAGGUAUUUUAGCUGUCAGAGACUUGAGUCCCUGCCCCUGAGGAGACUGUAAUGUGACCUUACCUAGGAAACUUCAGGAGGGUACUCCAGAUGUAAUAUGUUGGCACUAGAGUUCCUAGGUCUGUAAAAUUGCCACUGUUGGUUGAGCAGACCUGUUGGUAGGUAUGCAUGGUGCCCUAUGAUUGUUACCUUUCACAUCAACCCCUGAGGAGCUCAUGCCCCUACCUCAGGUAGUUCAGCUGUAAGAUAUUGUCAGUAGACUUCUCAUGAACCAUGACUAGGUGAGCAGACUUGGUCAGUCCCUGCCUCCUAGGAGCUUACACUUGUCCCUUUCCCAGGUAUUCUAGCUGUCACAUACUUGGACCAGAGAUUUGAGUUCCCGCCCCUGAGGAUCUUGUAAUGUCUUUACCUAGGAUACUUCAGGAGGGUACUCCAGAUGUAAUAUGUUGGCACUAGAGUUCCUAGGUCUGUAGACCUGCCACUAUUAGGUGAGCAGACCUGCUGGUAGGUAUCCAUGGUGUCCUAUGAUUAUUGCUAUUCAUAUAAGCCCCCACCCCUGAAGAGCUUAAUGUCUCUACAUCAGGUUGUCCAGCUGUAGGAUAUUGACGACAGACUUUUCAGGUCAGCUUGUCAACCAUGACUAGGUAAGCAGACUUGGUCAGUCCCUGCCUCCUAGGAGCUUGCACUUGUCCAUUUCACAGGUAUUCUAGCUGUCAGAGAUUUGAGUCCCUGCCCCUGAGGAGACUGUAAUGACUUUACCUAGGAUACUUCAGGAGGGUACUCCAGAUGUAAUAUGUUGGCACUAGAGUUCCUAGGUCUGUAGACCUGCCACUAUUAGGUGAGCAGACCUGCUGGUAGGUAUCCAUGGUGUCCUAUGAUUGUUGCCAUUCAUAUAAGCCCCCACCCCUGAAGAGCUUAAUGUCUCUACAUCAGGUUGUCCAGCUGUAGGAUAUUGACGACAGACUUUUCAGGUCAGCUUGUCAACCAUGACUAGGUAAGCAGACUUAGACAGUCCCUGCCUCCUAGGAGCUUACACUUGUCCAUUUCACAGGUAUUCUAGCUGUCACAUACUGAGACCAGAGAUUUGAGUCCCUGCCCCUGAGGAGACUGUAAUGUCCUUACCAGGGCGGAAAACAUAGCUCUAGAAUUUAUAGGUCUGCUCACCUUUAGUGGCCAUUGCAAGGGCCUACCAGUAUCAUUGGUUCCAGCACUCUACCCCAAUAAGGAGAUUAGAGUCCCCAAGUCUGCUGACUCAAUAUGGACAAUACAAACAUUCCCCACCCCUCAGGAGCUAACCGUUUUGGUUCAUUAUUUCAGGUAUAGGUAAAUUAUAGGACCCAGGUAGCUAAAGAGAUUACAUUACAGCUAGUGCAUUUUUUGCCACGUGCCUGACCUUUUUUGCCAGUUUUUCUAAUGGCUCUUGGGCCAAAGUGGGUGAAACUAGUACCCACCCCUGAGGAUCUUACAGUGAAAUAGCCCUAUGUACACUCCUAUUUAAUCCUUUCCAAACCUAACCUCGUAAAGCUGUAUUGGUAACACACAUACAGUAAACAAAGGCUGUAGGGUUUAAAAUAACAGCCUGCAGGGUUUCCUGGAUAAAACCAACCACCACUGCUGCCGUUUCGAGCCCACAACUUGG